UGUGUGUGUGUGUGUGUGUGUGUGUGUGUGUGUAGAUGAAGACGGCGUCCUCAUCCUCCUGCUGCUCGUCUUGCAUCAGUCUGAAGGAUCGAUGUCCUCGACCGCGGGGCCUCGUCAACCUGCUCAUCACUAAAGUGUGUCUCUUCGCUCUGCUCUUCGGGGUCGUCUGGUCCAUCACAGGAAGUCAGUGUUUACCUGGAGGGAACCUGUUCGGCAUCGUCAUCCUCUUCAUCUGCUCCGUGCUGGGGGGGAAGCUGGUGGGAAUGAUCCAACUGCCCACGCUGCCCCCCUUCCCCCCACUACUUGGGAUGCUGCUCGCCGGUCUGCUGCUCAGAAACGUUCCCUACAUCACGAACGCCGUCUUAAUCGACACCCACUGGUCCUCAGCCCUGAGGAACAUCGCCCUGUCAAUCAUUCUGACCAGAGCCGGACUGGGUCUGAACCCCUCUGCGCUGAGGCGUCUGAAGGCGGUGUGUGUGCGUCUCGCCGUUGGUCCCUGCAUGGUGGAGGCCUGCGUCAUCGCUAUAGUUUCACACUUCCUGCUUGGUCUGCCCUGGGUGUGGGGCUUCAUCCUGGGUUUUGUUCUCGCUGCAGUGUCUCCAGCUGUCGUCGUCCCGUCCAUGUUGCUCCUGCAGAAAGAAGGAUACGGAGUGGAAAAGGGGAUCCCCACCCUGCUGAUGGCUGCUGGGAGUUUUGAUGAUAUUCUGGCCAUCACAGGAUUCUCCACCUGCCUGGGGAUCGCCUUCUCUACAGGUGCGACGUGGAUGAACAUCCUGAAGGGUCUCCUGGAGGUGGUGGGAGGGGUCAUGGCCGGGCUGAUCCUGGGUCUGUUCUUGUGCCUCUUCCCCAGCAGUGACCAGGAGGACCUGGUCCUGAGGCGGACCCUCGUUUUGUUGGGUCUGUCCAUAUUCUCCGUCUUCUUCAGUCACGUCGUUGGUUUCGCUGGAGCUGGUGGACUCUGCACGCUGGUGUUGGCCUUUCUCGCCGCUCUGGGCUGGAAGUCGGACAAGGCUCCGGUGGCGGCCAUGGUGGGCCGCUCCUGGGACGUGUUCCAGCCGCUCCUCUUCGGUCUGAUCGGCGCAGAGAUCACCAUAGCGAAGCUGAACCCCAGCACCGUGGGUCUUGGUUUGGCCUGCAUCGCUAUCGGUCUGGUGAUCCGCCUGCUCGUCACCUUCCUGCUGGUCCACUUUGGAGGAUUCACCCUGAAGGAGAAACUCUUCAUAUCUGUGGCCUGGCUGCCGAAGGCCACCGUGCAGGCCGCCAUCGGCUCGAAGGCGUUGGACAUGGCGAGGGACGAGAAGAACGACACGUUCAUCAAGUUUGGCCUGGACGUGCUAACGUUAGCGGUGUUAGCCAUCCUGACCACGGCUCCCAUCGGGGCGCUGGGUAUAGGCCUGGCAGGACCACGCCUCCUGACUCGACAGGUCAAAGACGACACAGAAGGCGGAGCCACGACUCAGAGCAGCGCCGGGACCAGUCAAGAAAAAGACAACAUGACUCUUGAGAGCAAACUCUGAGGCUUCUUACUGGAUACACAUAUGAUAAAUAAAUCUACAGAAGCCCUGAGUGGACACGCACGCAUAGAUUUUAUUUUGCUCUUGUAGUGUAAUUAACUUAUUAAGAAUUUCCUCGGGCCACAGGAAAAAUGAACUUUAACUGUAUAAGUUAAUUAAUUAUUCAGUGUCAUAUCAGAAUGUCAGUAAGUUCUCUAGGAUAAAGAUAAAGAUAAACUUUAUUGAUCCCUGUGGGGGAAAUUUGUGCAUUACAGCAGCUCCAGAAAAACAGGGG